AAUCUACAAACCCUAGCCAGAAUACUCUCUUUCUCUUUCUCUUUCCCUUUUUGCUUUUACCGAAUUUCAAUAUACUUUCCCUCCAGACUGUGGUUUCCUCCAUGAAAUGGGAAAUGGAGGUGUAUGAAAUCGAAGCUGUGCUUGAGAAAAUUUGGGAUUUACAUGAUAAGCUUAGCGAUGCUAUUCACUCUGUUUCUCGAGCUCAAUUCCUCAAUUCCGUCAAGUCUCGCUCUAAGUCCGAUGACUUUUACGGUCACCGUUUUAACAAGAGAAACGAUAACAAUGGAGAUCAGGUAAAGCAUGGUUACGUUUUCGUUAAGGAGUUCCGUGUUGAUGAUGAUGAAUCCGCUGUUCAUGAGGCUAAGAGUCUCAAUGCUAUCCGGACCGCACUUGAACACCUUGAGGACCAGCUCGAGUUCUUCCAUACCGUACAGAAUCAGCAACGUGCAGAAAGGGAUGCUGCUCUUGCUCGCUUAGAGCAAAGCCGAAUUGUACUUGCAAUGCGAUUGGCUGAACAUCCGGGUAAGAAAUAUAAAUUCAUUGAAGAAGCUCAAUCUUUGGUGGGAGAUGUUCGUAAUGCCAGUCAGUUUGUUUCUCCUGAAAAUCUGUAUGGUCCUGCUACAAGCGCCACAGGUGAAAAUUUAACGACGCAGAUAAGGAAGAGAUCAAAUGCUCUAUUCAAUGUAUUCUUUUCUAGUUUUAAUUUUUUUAGGAAGUCUCUUAGAGUGGAUGAAGUGGGUGGAAUUUUGGGGAAUGCAGCCUUGGUUGCAAUCAGCAUGCUUGCACUGAUGCAUCUGCAGCAAGUUGGUAGCAAGGAAAAAUACCUUUUGGACCUACCAUUAGGACAAGAUGUUGACUACAACAGAAAUAUCAGAAAACUCUCUCAGCCCGAGGGAUCAUCUUCCGGUCUAAAUUUGGAUGUGUUGUCAGCCAGGGGCUGAAAUGUAAAAUUAUGGUGAGAAUUGGGGAGAAAGGGUAUUAUGUUACUGUCUUUUUGGAGUAGAAAUUUGUUUAUCUCUCUGAAAAAGUUUUAACAAAAUGUUUGAUUUUUGCCCCAAUUGCGCAUGGUUCGUAUUGUAGUCAAAAUUUUCUGAGGUGGGAAAACCAAGUUUCCUAUGGUAGACAACAGUGUUAAAGGAGGGGACGUAUCGACCAACUGCGUUUUUGCUAUCUAUGAUGUUGUAAAGAGUGACAGCUGCAUUUCGUUAGAGCAUAUGAGCAAUUUUAUACUAUAGUCUAUAUGUAUGAUUCAGCGUGAAA